GAGAGCGAGAGAGAGAGAGAGAGGCCCAACCAUGCGUUUCCCGUUGGCCUUGACGCUGCAGGCGAUGUGGACGGCCGUGUGCCAGGCGGCCAACGCCAACUACCCGGCGGCGUGGGGCCACUACGACGUCUGCAAGUCCCAGGUGUACUCCGACGAGGGCCUGACCUGGGACUACAUGGCCUGCCAGCCCGAGGCGGCGGACAUGACCCAGUACCUGAAGGUCACGCUGGAUCCGCCCAACAUCACGUGUGGAGACCCUCCGGAGACGUACUGCGCCCUGGAGAAUCCCUACAUGUGUAAUAAUGAAUGUGAUGCCAGCACGGAGGAGCUGGCCCACCCUCCAGAGCUCAUGUUUGACAUCGAGGGCCGUAAUCCCACAACCUUCUGGCAGUCCACGUCCUGGAAGAAGUACCCCAAGGCGCUCCUGGUCAACAUCACGCUGUCUUGGAACAAGACCAUCGAGCUGACCGACGACAUCGUGCUCACCUUCGAGUCGGGCCGGCCGGAGCAGAUGGUCCUGGAGAAGUCUCUGGAUUACGGGCGGAGCUGGCAGCCGUACCAGUUCUACGCCACCGACUGCCUGGACGCCUUCACGAUGGAGCCCAAAACGGUGCAGGACCUGACCCAGCACACCCUGCUGGACAUCAUCUGCACGGAGGAGUACUCCCGGGGAUACGUGUGGAAGUACGACAAGACGGUGCGCUUUGAGAUCAAGGACCGCUUCGCGCUGUUCGCCGGGCCCCGGCUCCACAACAUGGCCUCGCUCUACGGACAGCUGGACACCACCAAGAACCUGAGGGACUUCUUCACCAUCACCGACCUGAGGGUGCGCCUGCUGCGGCCCGCCACCGGGGCCACCAUGGUGGACGAGAACAACCUGUCAAGAUACUUCUACGCCAUUUCCGACAUCAAAGUUCAGGGCAGGUGCAAGUGCAAUCUUCACGCCAACAGCUGCGUGUACGACAAGGAGAAGCUGAGCUGCGAGUGCGAGCACAACACCACCGGGCCCGACUGCGGCCGCUGCAAGAGGAACUACCAGGGCCGGGCGUGGAGCGCCGGGUCCUACCUGCCCAUCCCCAAGGGCACGGCUAAUAUCUGUACUCCUAAUAACAUUGGUCCAGUCAUUCGGCCGAAUGUGUCAUCCCUAGGUGUCGCUAACCGAAAAGAAGUAGCUCCUCAGGUUGCAUUGUCCACUGCCCCCUCUGUCCACGUUGCAAACAACAAGCGAGACUGCGAAUGCUUCGGCCACUCCAACCGAUGCAGCUACAUCGAGCUGCUAAACACCGUCAUUUGCGUGAGCUGUAAGCACAACACUAGGGGCCAGCACUGCCAGCUGUGCAAGCUGGGCUACUACCGCAAUGCCUCAGCAGAACUGGACGAUGAAAAUGUGUGCAUAGAGUGUAAUUGUAAUCCCUUUGGCUCAGUCAGUGAUCGCUGUAAUGGCACAGGAUUUUGUAUAUGUAAGGAGGGCACUACAGGGCCCAAGUGUCAGGAGUGUCUGCCCGGAUAUUUGUGGGACGAUGGCUGCAAAUCCCGGGUGUGCGACAACGAGCUCCUGCGCUGCCAAAACGGCGGAGUGUGCGUGGCCAACGUGCGCUGCAGCUGCCCCGCGGCCUACACGGGCCUGCUGUGCGAGAAGCGCCGCUGCGAGUCGGAGCUGGGGGGCUGCGGGGGCGCCGACUCGGGCCAGGCCCCGCUGGCGGCGCCCCCCGCCGGCGGGCUGCCGCUGCUGCUGCUGCUGCUGGGCUGGGCGGCGCUGACGGAGGCCUCCUGCAGGCCCUGCCCGCUCUGAAGAGACCCGGUACCCCGCCUCCUCCGCCCCCCUCUUCUGCCGCCUCCACCCGAACCCUCUCAUCCCCUACUUCCAAAUAAUCAACCAUUUAAAAAAAAAAGAACAGAAGAAGACCCAUGAGCUUCGUGGACUGUUCAGCACUGAGCUUCUCGCCGCCGGGCUCAGCGGACGCUCCGCGCUGACGACCAAUGGAAUGAGUGCAAAAACUUUUCCUUUAAUUUCAAAGAAUAUAUAGAAAUACAGAAACAUAUACUUCUAAAAGAAAAGAACAAAAGAGCCAGAUAUUAUUAAGAGUAACAGAGCGUUAAGAGUAAAAUGAGCAGUGAGCCCCCUCCUCGCCUGCCCCCCCUCCUCUAAGCCAUACCAGGUACUCCAGCUCCUCCCGUCAGAGGAGGGAUAAACCGAAGGCGACAGACUCCAUCACUUCCGCUCUUAUUGCCACGGCAACAACAGCUGCGACCAAUCAGCUCUCACGCCGGUCGCCGGUGGCCGACAGUCUCCCGCCCGCCCCCCCCCCCCCCCCCUCCCGGGACGCUUCUGCGAGUUAGUGUUGGCCGAACCGGCGCCGGAGGAGGAGGAGUGUGUGUGAGGCGGGGAGCGGGAAGCGCCGGACUCGCCCACCAGGAAGCAUUCUUUGCUGUCAGUGCAUUGUGGAUCGAAGGAAACCUGUCCGGACUGCCACCUUGUGACACACACACACACACACACACACACACACACACACCUCGCCCACGUUGAUCCCCGCUCUAUCUUUCUGUCUCACCCCCCCCCCCCCCCCCCCCUCCUCCCUCCCAGCUCAUCCUCCCUCCUGUUCACCCCUCCCUCCGCCCCCAUUGGCCCCGCCCCCUCGCCAUGCUGCCACUGACCUGUGCUUUCGUGAACGUUACUCUGUAAACCCUCGUUGGUUGGAAGAUUCUUUUGUCCGAUGUUAGUGAUGCACAUGUGUAAGAAGCCCCCCCCCUCCUCCUCCUCCUCUUCCUCCUCCUCCUCCUCUUCCUCCUCCUCCCUCCAAGAAGAUAAUCCAGUAAAGCUGUCUGAUUCUUUUUUCUAUCUUAGCGCCACCACGCUCCCUGCGAUCAUGACCAGAGGGGUAGUUUUCACCUGAGCAGACGAGAAGUGCGUAGAAAAACCAUCAAUGUAUUUGCAAGUUCCUUUUUUUUUUCUUCUCUCUCUCAACAGA